AUGAGCUCCUCCAUCACGCCGCCCGACCCAACUCUCGCUCACCUCCUAAACCUCCCACCACUCCUCCAACCCAUCUCCCCUCCUCUUGCAGCCCUCCAUCUCGCUAGGGUACGCUUAUCCCUAUCCGUCCCCACGUCUUCAUCGUAUACGGCUAAAUCCCUGGACGAUUGGUGCAAUCUCUGUGGGGGACUGAGACUUCAUCUGGGAGGUGCCCAACCUCAACAAUCAAUAAAGAAACGUAAACGGAAAGGUGGGAUAUGUGGGACAUGUGGAGAGAUGUAUAAGAAACCUUUAUCUGAUAAGAGCACUUUGGCGGAUUAUCCACCUGCGAGGAGAACUAGGAGGAUGAAGAGGGACGAGCAGCAGCAACAGCAGCAGCAGCAAUUUGAAGUAUCAUCAAAGUCGCAAAAAGGACAACAUAGUAAAGAUAACGUUGCCGAUCGAUCUGAGGAAAUGAAUGAAUCAAAUCCAAAUUCAGAUGUUCAACCAGUAUCAACUCCUCAACAAGAUAUACAUUCCAACAAUACCGAUCGAUCAAGCACACGGCCAGCUGUAGAUAAUAAUCCACCAAAACUACUCUCUCGUCCUUCCCUAUCACAUAUCCCCAAUUCAUCCCCCAACUUACCCGCCUAUCCUGCUCCUCAAUCAAAACCCAUCAGUACCGUCAACAGCAGCAGUGGUAAAAAACCUGCUACGGGUGCCGGUGCAAGUGCAAGUGCGAAUAGUAAGAAAAAGAAGAAAUCUGGUUUAGCGAAAUUAUUAGCUGAGAAUAAAGAGAGGGAAAUGGUCAGUAAGGGAUCAGGAGGGAUGUGGGGUCUGGGAUAG